UCUUCUCUCUCUCUCUCUCUGGCCAAUGCCCUUAUUUCCUUUCUUUGAGGGUGUCAAGGCGUCUGAUGAGAAGUGUUAGCCAGAAAGUGAAGAAGAAGGGUCAGAAAUCUGGAGAAGAGGAGGAUGUCUUGAAGGGGAUAUCGUUGAGAUGUCUUACCUUGUAUGGUAGGGGUGGGGGGUGCAAAGUAGGCGCUGACACAGGUGAUGAGUUUGGGGAUCCAAGUACGAGGAGGAAGUCUAGUGCCAGUGAUGAAGGAAAGGGAUACAGACCUAUAUGUGGCACUGAGGAAUCUGGGCUGGAUUGCUUCUCAUAUGGGGUGAGGGAGCGAUUUUGGAAGAAACAUUACAGAAAGGAAUUUGAGCUUGAAGAAUCAAUAAGACAUAGCAGAAUGCACAUAUUUCUUCCAGAUGAUAUCCUGGAACUGUGCUUGGUGAGGCUCCCACUAACCAGUCUCAUGACCGCCCGCCUUGUGUGUAAGAAAUGGAAAUGCUUGACUACUACUCCUCGAUUUCUUCAUAUGAGACGGGAAGGUUCACAUCGAAAUCCGUGGUUGUUUCUGUUUGGUGCUGUCAAAAAUGGUUAUUGCUCUGGUGUGAUACAUGCGUUGGAUGUGUCUUCAAACCAAUGGCACGGGAUAGAUGCUGAUAUUCUAAAGGGAAGGUUCAUGUUUUCUGUUGCUAGCAUCCAGGAUGAUAUUUAUAUUGUUGGAGGCUGUUCUAGCUUGAACAAUUCUGGGAGGCUGGAUAGGAGCUCAUUUAAGACACACAGAGGGGUAAUGAUGUUUAGUCCCUUAACUAAGUCUUGGCGUAAAGUUGCAUCUAUGAAGCAUGCAAGAUCAACACCUGUAUUAGGAGUUUCUGAGAUCAGUCUUGAUUUUUCAAUCAUUCAAAGCCACCACAAUCGACAAGAUAGGCGUAUCCCCAGGUCACGGGUUGGUGGGGUGUCAGAUGUUUAUGAAGAUCCUCACAGGUUGUCCCUGAGGCGUCAAAGCAGAUAUGCAGUUGACGGAAAUGAAUCUUCAAUCUUGACCAGUCGAAGGUCAUACAAGUUUAUCAAACAUAAAAAUGAUCACUCAGGCAUGAAGGGUUAUAGAAGAUUUGUGCUCAUUGCUGUAGGUGGUCUUGGACAAUGGGAUGAACCUUUGGAUUCUGGAGAGAUAUAUGAUUCUGUAUCAAAUAAAUGGACAGAAAUUCAAAGGUUGCCUUUGGACUUUGGGGUCAUUGCUUCUGGGGUUGUUUGUAACGGCAUGUUUUAUGUCUAUUCUGAAACUGACAAACUUGCAGGAUAUGACAUUGAACGGGAUUUCUGGUUUGGGAUCCAAACCAGUCCCUUCCCACCCCGUGUUCAUGAAUAUUACCCAAAACUGGUAUCUUGUAAUGGCCGGCUGUUCAUGCUCUCUGUCUUGUGGUGUGAAGGGGAUGGUCAAAUAGGCCGGAGAAACAAGGCUGUUAGAAAAUUAUGGGAGCUAGAUCUCAUGUAUCUUAACUGGUAUGAGGUCUCUGUGCAUCCUGAUGCUCCAAUGGACUGGAAUGCUGGGUUCAUUGCAGAUGGAAAUCUGAUAUUUGGCAUUGAGAUGUUCAAAAUAUUUGGUCAAGUAUUGGAUUUUUUCACUGUAUGUGAUGUGUCUGACAUGGGGAUGAAAUGGAGUCAUAUCUCAAGGAACCAUGUUACUCGUGAACUGGAUGCUUCUUCCUGCAUGACAAAAUCGAUGGCUGUGCUGCAUCUGUAAAUUACAGAUGACUGUAUCCUCUGUAUGUUCUAACUCACAGAAACAGGAAAUUACACUCGUGAAUGAUGAUCAUGACCUCUCUCACAAGACCAUUUUGGGGUGUACCUGCUGGCAAAUCCAAGAGCCCACCAUUUUUGGGGCGUACCUUCGUGUAUCCUUUAUUCUUUGGGUACAGUUGAUGUGUCUCUUGGUGAUAUAUUUCAGUGGAGUUCAGAAAACAUUGAAGAACGUGAUCUGGUAUGCAUAUGCCCAUCCUCAUGUGCUCUUGGAUGUAAUUUCUUCUCCAACAUGCAAAUAUUGAUUCUGUAAUUUAAGUCCGGCACCUUUGUUAAUUUUCCACCUCAUACUUUGAAACCAAAUUGAAUUUGUGUGCUCUUGUUGUUGUAUUGAAUUUUUAUUGGUGGCUUUCUUGCAAUAAAAGUAUCAAUAUUUUCAGGCACUUGCCUUUUCACUGUAGGA